AUGGGCAAACGUGACUUCAUCAGCGGAGAUGGCGCUGCUGCUUUUCGCAAGCGCCAGAAGAUCACACAUGAGGCGCCCACAAGUGAGGAGGUGACUUCGAGCGAUCAAUUGCGCAAUCUCCUCUCUUUCGACCAAGAUUUGCGCAACGCCAGACAUGGUCUUCAAUCUUUCAAGAACCUCCUCGAUCAGAUCGUUCACGAAGAAGGCGACCAGCGAGCAAACCUCGAAAUCUUACAACAGUAUCUCGAAUCUGUCAAGCCCAGAGACACAACCGAAGAUGCAGUCUUCCUCAACGAUAUCAUGGAGAUGUGGUCCUUUGCUGUGCAAGUCAACAAUGAUAGUGUCAUGUCAUCAGUUGCCGUUGUUCUAGCUUUGUUGCUCCAGAUCCUUUCCGGCUCGCUGCAGCUUGUUCGCCACGGUCUCGGUAUUUGCCAAACCCUUCUACAAGAGGGACAACUCAAGUCACUGGCGAAGAAUCUUUCUUCUGAAAAAAGCAAGGGUUUCAUCAUAUCGCCUACUCUGCGCCUUCUAAGAGAGGCGGCAUGCUUGGAUGGAGGUGCUUAUGCCAAGCGCAUUUUCCGUGCUCGAAACUUCACAUUGACUGCUCUCGGAAGAAACCUCGAGAUUGGACAUAUCGGCGACACCCCGGAGGAAGUACACAAGGCUUCUGUCAGGACGAAUGCUGUCCGCUUCUUCUUGAGCCUUCUCAAGUUUUUGGGUUCUGAUGGCAGAAAGGAGCUGCUUUCCCAGAAGGAGCUCCUCUCACAUUUGACUUACACCAUCAGAAACGAUCCUCCUUACGUCGUUACGGAUAUUCUGGAUUCUCUGAAAGCGUAUGUUUUGAAAGAUGACAAAAUCCCCAGAGAGAUCAAAUUCCGAAGCUUCAACACCAAGUCGUUGGUGCGUUUCUUGGCUUUAUACACAUAUUCCAACGAUGGUGAGGAUGUAGAUGAGAAGUCAACAGUGAGCUACAAGGCCCAUCAACUUCUCAUCUACAUCUGUACGACUCCCAGCGCUGGCGUACUGUACCCUUCCACCGGUCUCUAUCCCAAGGAAUCCGAGGACGACCCUAUACCAAGCAGGGCGCAAAAGGCCAGUACACAAGGUGCUCUGUUCACAGACAAGUACAAGAAUGAUAUUCCUGUGUACAACUUUGUUCUCGCUGAAUUUGCACAGAAGCUGCGCCCUUGGUCUAGUCUGAAGCACAGCGAACUGUUAAUUGAGAUCUUCACUGCUGCUCCCGAACUUACUGCCAAAUACUUCCUCGGUAACAAAUCUUUCACUUUCGAGCCAAAGCUGUCCAUGACUUGGAUUGGAUACGCUGCUUUCCUAUUCAACACCAUGCAGAUUCCUCUGCUCCCUCGCUUCGGUGAUCGCUCACGAUCUGCUAAAGCUCCCCCGCCCACAUCCAUUCUGCUUGACAACAUCAUUCCCCUCCCUAUCAAUCAAAAGGUUCUCAUCCGAUGUCUUUCCUCCAAAUCGAACCUCACAUCCUUCUUUGCUACUCGCAUUCUUAUUGUGGCGGUCGAAAAGCUGGCCGAAGCUCUGAAGAUGCAUGAGGAAAUCUCAAAGGGCAAAGAUCCUGUCUGGGCUGAGGCUGGCCGUCGCUUGACUGAUGCCUUUUGCCAACGUAUCCCUGACAUGAAGGAAAUUGUUCGAUCAUACAAGAGUAUUCCAGCUAAGAACAUCCUUCACAAGACCAUGGCCAGUCGUUUGUUACGCCUCUACUAUGAAGUCAUCCCACAAGUGGCACUUGCUGCAAACUUCGAUGUCUCACCCUUCUUUACCGAAGUCCUCAAGUCUCUUAACAAGGGCAGCGAGCAGCACGAGGACGAGUCUCUAAGAGUUAUGGAGCUUGAGAACCUUGUUUCAAUUGCCAGUUACUCCCCCGGUAUGCGAUGGUUCUCAAAGAUCGACAAUCUUAUUGACGGAGCAGGAUCGUCACCGUAUACUGCCCUGUUACGACUUCUUUGUGACAAGAAGCGAGACCUCCCGUUCCAGCAACUGAAGAAGGUUCUUGGUGAGGUCGCCGUUGAGAAUCAGCUAGUAACAAAAGCAUCACUCAUGUCUCCUUUGUUUGAUGCUAUCCAAAGUACGUUGGCCGAUGUCAAGACGAAGCAUAUGGAAAAGGUCUGGUCCUAUGUUGAUAACUGCAUUAACCGAUGUGCUUCAUCACCUAUUAAAUACCUCGACCUCUUGGAGACAUAUGUCCAGGAAGACGGCUUGCAGUCGCCUAGUGAUGAUACUGCUUUGGUCAAUGUCACAAUGGCGGAGCAGUUGUCUUUUGCUAUGGGCUCUGCUGACAGCGAUGAACAAGCUGCGCUUGGCAAAUUCUUAUACUCUUACUUCUCUGUCUCAUACAACAUGAAGCACGGAAAACAGCUCACAAAAGCCUUAUACAAGCGUGUCUCAGAUCAGUUCUCUUCGAGCAAGGUCAAAAUGAAGAAGCUCAAGGAGGAAAAGUCUGACAAUCCAGUUGUCGACGAGGACAUGAUGGAUGUCGAUACAACUGAGGUCGCUGUUGCAAAGGAUGGGUCGACGAUUGACUCUUCAAGACUCGAAGCCAUGCUGCAUGUGACAAUCGCUGAAGACGAAGAUACCACAACCUUGACUAAAUGGGCAGGUAAGAACGCAGAGGAUCUCGUUGAAGACGGCUGGGCAUCAGGCUUAAUCCGUCUCCUCUCUUCUGCCCAUACCAACAUCCGUAAAGAAGCUCUCACCAGUCUUCUCAAGAUGGCUGCCAAGCUGAAGGAGUCUUCAUACGAAGAAAAGGAACAAGUCUGGCUUCUUCUCUCCGAGCUUGUGGAGUCCUCGCGGGAUCAAGUCGACAAGGGUCCUGUUCCCUCUGCAUUCACGGCCUUCGCUAUCCACGCGCUGGACGUUCUCAAGAAUCCUCUGCACCCUCUCUACCCCAAAAUCAACAGUUUCCUCACCCGCAGUCCUUUCUGGUCUUCUGACAAGCUUCCCCUCGCUCACGAUGUCCUUCACGGCGAGCCUUCAGAAGAUGACAAGUACUACACCGAAAUCACAUGGCUUCUCACCUAUCUACUAGACAGCCUGCGCACACCCUCCGAUCUGAGCAUCUUCCACCGCAAGCGAUGGUUCGAGAAGAUUCUUGCUGUGGGCGUUAACCCUUAUCUUCGUGUUAACCUGCGCACUCGUCUUCUGCGUCUGCUCUACCGCGCAACUUGCAUUGAAGGCGGCAGCACCACAUUGAUUACUCGAUUUGGCAUUCUGAGCUGGCUUGAUACACAGCGCACUUCAUUCGAAGGAGGAGAGGAGGCAGAUGUCAUGGCUGCGCUUAUGAAGAGGAUCUGGGAGACUUGUGACCAAGAAAAGGUCAAGAUUUGGAGUAAGGGAGGUGUUGAAAAGUUGCUUGCUGCGCAUGUUUUGUAA